UGUGUGUGUGUGUGAGAGAGAGAGAGAGAGAGAGAGAGAGAGAUAGAGAGAGAGACCAGACACCCGGAACAUCUCGUCCAUGAGAGGUAGAGACAUGAGCGCCCAGGCUGAAGAGGGUCUCCGAGUCUGCUGCAAGGGCAAGUCUCCUACUUUAUUCUCUUCAUACUGUAUUGAAAGCAUCCUGGGCAGAAGUCCUCUGAAAGUCAGGCUCCUCGGGAUGCAAAGUCUCACAGCGGCUCUCCGGACAGAGGAACCUCAAGCUGGUUCAAAUGCGCCUCCUGAUACGACCCUGCACAUAAAACCCGACCUGCGGCGCUCCAUCAGUCCGACCCGACACGACGAACCAAGAGUCGGGAGCGCACAAGGAGACGAGCUGGAAAGCGCUCAAGAACACGAUCUGGAGCUCAAAGCUGGUCUGAACUCCUGCUACCCGGGACAUGCACACAUCAGCUCCCUAAGGAGCAGCUCUGAUCAGGACAAAGCGGAGGCUGAGAAGAGCAGAGCGCAUGCGGACACGCGUCUCUCCAUGGGACCUGAUGACGCACAUCUGAGAGAGAAAACCACAAGUAUGAAGGACUCCGACGACGGGGUGUACGUGUCACCCAGCAGUGAUGCUGAAGACGGGACACUGAGACGUAAACAGAGGAGAUACAGGACCACGUUCACAAGUUACCAGCUGGAUGAACUGGAAAGGGCUUUCCAAAAGACGCAUUACCCAGACGUGUUCACCAGGGAAGAAUUAGCUAUGAGGCUCGACCUGACAGAAGCGCGCGUGCAAGUUUGGUUCCAAAACCGGCGUGCAAAAUGGAGGAAAAGAGAGAAGGCCGGGGUUCAGCCUCAUCGUCUAGGCCUUACAUUUCCAGGACCCAUCACUGCAGCACAGCCUCUAUGCCAUUAUCUGGGUGGUGGUGCAUUCAGCCCCAAUCUGCACCCAGGCAUCGAGUCAGCGUGGCCAGUCUCUCUCCAUGGGUUUACCCAACCCAUGGCAAACCCUGCACCCCCAAACCGAAUCUGUUCUCUGCUAGGAGCAGCAAUGCUCAGACACCCUGCCUUUAUCAGCCCGUCCUUUGGAAGAUUCUUCACUCCUCUGGGACUCCAAAGACUACCUGUUCCCACCACGGAGAACCCAAUUCUACCUCCCCUUCACAUUCCCGAUCCUCCUUGCUCAUCUCCAUCCGCUCUGUGUUCCUCAUCCUCACCAGUGGAUCGGCGUGCUUCCAGCAUCGCGGCUCUGCGCCUCAAAGCCAAGGAGCACUCGGCUCACAUCGGCCAGCUCAGUGUCCUCACGGGUGCUAAAGCUGAAAAAGAGGCCUAACGCCUCGUUUCCUACAGUACUUGCAAGACAUGAGACCAAAGCUAAAGUGCACUACAGCAUGAAGAAUCCCUUUAGGAUCCUUGAAACCUCACGAGAAACCAAACUGUAUUUGAAACGGAAAAACUGUAGCUUUUUGAUGGCUUCAAUUCAAGGAAGCAAUGCCAAAGGGACUGUUCAGCAGCCAGCGUUCUGUAUAGUCCACAACCGAUUCAGAUGUAUUGUAUUGAUAGACAGAAUAUAUGUGGGGAAAAGAAAAGCUUUAAGGAGCAGUUUUCUUGUGUUAGUAAAUAAAACAUUUUUUUUAUAAUGUGCUUUUUUUUUUUUUUUUUUUUUAAUGUGAGACUUAGUUCAGGGAAAAACAAACCUGCACUUCACUAUUUAACUGCUGAAUG